CGCCGCCGACGGAUUCGCUCGGCGCCACCUCCUGGAAUCGGACAACCGCCGGCGCCAGCACCGGAUUCGCGUGCCGUCGAUCAGAUCCCCGCGGGCCGCGCCUCCUCGCCAUGGGCCCCCUGUCGGCACGGCUGCUGAUCCAGCGGGGGCGACCCAAGUGCGACCGGCUGGGGAAGAUCCGGAGCCUGGACCUGUCAGGGAUGAAUCUGCUCUCAGAGCACUUGGACCCCAAGCUCCUGAGCCGCCUGAAGCAGCUGCAAGAGCUGGACCUCUCCAACAACCAACUGGAGACGCUGCCCGCCAACCUGGGCCUGUCCCACCUGCGCAUCCUCCGCUGCGCCAACAACCAGUUGGGCGAUGUCACUGUCUUGUGCCAGUUCCCACAGCUUGAGGAGCUCAGCCUGGAGGGCAACCCCUUUCUGACAGUCAGUGACAACCUGAAAGUUUCCUUCCUCCUGCCCAAGCUCCGUAAGGUCAACGGCAAGGACGCUUCCUCCACUUGCUCUCAGGUGGAGAACCUGAACCGGGAGCUGACCAGCCGGGUCACAGCUCACUGGGAGAAGUUCAUGGCCGCACUGAGCCCAGAGGAGGAGGCUGAGAAGGCCCAGGCAGACUUUGUGAGGUCGGCCGUCAGGGAUGUCCGCUAUGGGCCCGAGUCCCUCAGCGACUUCACCCAGUGGAGGGUGCGGAUGAUCUCUGAGGAACUGGUGGCCUCUGGUGGGACUCAGGUGCAUGAGGCAAACAUCUCAGAGAGGCCCCCAAAAGCCACCGCUAUCCAGGAGCCUAGGGCCGGGCCAGUGGCCUCGAAGCGGCCAGGUGAUGUCCCAGUCAACCUCUCUCCCAACAAGCGGGUGUGCACCUCCCCGUUGGCCCAGGUGGAGGGCAGCUCUGUGGGCUCUGCUGGCAGCCAGCUGGAGCCCCUGCACUUCCUGCAGUGCCACAGCAAGAACAACAGCCCUCGUGACCUGGAGACCCAGCUCUGGGCCUGCGCCUUCGAGCCAGCCUGGAAUGAGGGGCAGGCAGGGGCCACGUCCCAGACCGUGGCCACGUGUGGCGGGGAGGCCGUGUGUGUGAUCGACUGCCAGACGGGCAUCGUACUGCACAAGUACAAGGCGCCUAGUGAGGAGUUCUUCUCGGUGGCCUGGACAGCCCUGACAGUGGUCACACAGGCAGGCCACAAGAAGCGCUGGAGCGUGCUGGCAGCUGCAGGCCUACGGGGCCUGGUCCGGCUGCUGCACGUGCGGGCCGGCUUCUGCUGCGGGCUCAUCCGGGCCCACAAGAAGGCCAUUGCGACUCUCUGUUUCAGCCCCACACAUGAGACCCACCUCUUCACGGCCUCCUAUGACAAGCGGAUCAUCCUCUGGGACAUCGGGGUGCCCAACCAUGAUUACGAAUUCCAGGCCAGCCAGCUGCUCACACUCGACACCACCUCCAUCGCCCUGCGCCUCUGCCCUGUCGCCUCCUGCCCGGAUGCCUACCUGCUGGCCGGCUGUGAGGGCGGCUGCCGUUGCUGGGACGUACGGCUGGACCAGCCUCAGAAGAGGAGGGUGUGUGAAGUGGAGUUCGUCUUCUCCGAGGGCUCUGAGGCAACUGGACGGAGAGUGGACGGGCUGGCGUUCGUGAACGAGGACGUUGUGGCCUCCAAAGGGAGUAGCCUGGGCACCAUCUGCCUGUGGAGCUGGAGCCAGACGUGGCAGGGCCGGGGCAGCCGGUCAACAGUGGCUGUCGUGGUCCUGGCCCGGCUGCAGUGGUCACCCACCGAGCUCGCCUACUUCUCACUCAGCACCUGUCCUGAUGAGGGGAUGGUGCUCUGCGGGGAUGAGGAGGGCAACGUGUGGAUCUACGACGUCAGGCCCCUCGUGGCGCAGAGGCCCCCACCGCCGGCCACCCCGCAGGCCCCCACGCAGAUCCUUAAGUGGCCCCAGCCCCGGGCCCUGGGCCAGACAGUGGGAAGGACCAUGGUGAACACGGUGGUGGCCGACCCCACCUUUACCUACCUCACGGCACUGACGGACUCCAACAUUGUCGCCAUCUGGAGGAGAAACCAGCCUUGA